AGGAGCCCCCAAGCCUGGCUUCUCCCUGCUCUGGGAGGGGAGUGGGGGCUAGUCAGGUGGGACCAUUAAGCAGAGCUAGGAGCCUGGAUUUCUGUCUUGUACCCCAGCCAGGGGAAGGUGCUGAGGUCUGGUGGGUUGGAAGGGGAGGUUGUGGGCUAGGAUGCCUGGGUUCCUUUCUGGUUCUGGACUUAGCAGGCUGGGUUCUCUCCCUGCAAACAGCUGCAGGCCCCCAACAACUCCAACACAACUGUGGACCUGGGCUGGAGGAGAGGACCCAUAGUGGGGGGGUGUUUCCACGGCCCCAGCUGAACCUAGAUGCCAGGGAUUGCUGUUCCCAAGGCAACCUCAUCUCACUGCCCUGCAGCAAGGACAGGACCCAGGUGCACUGGCACCUGGCCACCCUCGAUCCCACUCUGCCUCCCCUCUUCCCGCACUGUGAGGGAACCCAGGCAUCCAGACUCCCAGACCCUCUGCUUUCACUUUCCCACCCCCUAUUCCCUCCUAGAGAAUCCAGGAGUCUGGGCACCCAGGCUCCUCUGCUCCAACCCACCAGACUCAACUUCUCUCCCAGAGCUGGAGAAAACCCAGGUGUUUGGGUUCCCUUCUCUAACCCUUGUGCGUCCCCCUCAUGGCUGGAGACCCCUGGCUCCCAGGUCAGCCAGAGAACCUAGCUGCCGGGCCCCACCCUGCUGUUAUCUCAGUCUUGGUGGGUCUUUAGCAUCAUAAAGGUGCCGGCUGGGCCCUGGGCUGGGGCCUUUGCCUGGUAUGUGUUUGGGACGUCUCCCCUUCCCCCUCCCCACCACAGCCCACGUGAGAGAGGGACUGGGAGAGAACCCAGGCUGCCGCCCCUCCCUGCCACACAGCCCCAGCCCUGCCCAGGGCUAUUUAAGCAGCCGCUGGGCUCCUUCCACCUCCAGCCUCUCCACAACCAUCCCAGACCUGUCAGGUGAGUGGUGGGUCUUCCCAGGCUUGGGGGUGGGGACACCUUUUGCACCUGCCCUGGGGUGAGGGGGGUAGGGCUGGAGCUCCCCAAUUCUAUCCUACUCCCUUCAGCUCCCAGGCACUGGGGUAAAACCUUGACACAGCCCCCAGACAGGGUCCCUGAGCCCCUCCACAGUCCCCCAGAUCCCCUGCUUGCCCCCACCUCUGCCAGAUCCCCUAUACUGCCUCUACCCCCCCCCCACUAGAUCUGCUACUGCCCCUAAGGAUAGCCCUAGAUACCCUACUUCAUAGAUUUAAUAGAUUAUAGGGGUCAGAAGGGACCUUAGUAGAUCAUUGAGUCUGAUCCCCUGCCCUGGGCAGGAGAGUGCUGGGGUCAGAUGACCCCAGCCAGGUGUUUGUCCAGUCUCCUCUUAAAGACCCCUAAGGGAGGGGAGAGCACCACUUCCCUUGGAAGCCCCUUCCAAAUUCUGGUAACCCUUACCAUGAAGAAGUUCUUCCUGAUGUCUAAUUUAAAUCUGUUCUCUCAGGUUGUGGCCAUUGUUUCUAGUUACUCCAAGGGGUGCCCUGAUAAACAGAGUAUCCCUUGCUGCACCCCCCCACCCUCCCAAAUGAAUUGGUAGAUGGCCACCAGAUCCUCUCUCAGACUUCUCUUACAGAGGCUGAAGGGAUCCAGGUCCCUCAAUCUCUCCUCAUAGGACCUUACCUGCAGGCUUUUAACCAUAUGAGUGGCCCUCCUCUGGAACUUCUCAAGGUUAUCCACAUCCCUCUUGAAGUACUGCACCCCUAGAUCCACCACUGCAUCUCCUAAGGUCCCACCCCCAGCCAUGACAGUGACCUACACAGCCCGUGUGGCCAAUGCCCGCUUCUGCGGCUUCUACCAGCUGCUGGGGCUGUGGCGCGGCAGCAUCUACAAGCUGCUGUACCGUGAGUUCCUCAUCUUCCUCAUCGCCUACCUGGGCCUCAGCCUUACCUAUCGCUUCGUCUUGGCAGAGGAUCAGAAACGCUCCUUUGAAAAGCUGGUGAUUUACUGUGACCAGUACGCCAACCUCAUUCCUGUCUCCUUCGUGCUGGGGUUCUAUGUGACGCUGGUGGUGACAAGGUGGUGGAGCCAGUACACAAGUCUGCCAAUGCCCGACCGGCUGAUGUGUGCCAUCGCAGGCAGUGUGCAUGGGCGUGAUGAACGGGGCCGGUUGCUACGCCGCACACUUAUGCGCUAUGGCAGUCUGGCUGGUGUGCUCAUCCUGCGCUCCGUCAGCACCGCUGUCUUCAAGCGCUUCCCCACCAUGGACCACGUCGUUGAGGCCGGUACGAUCCUGUGCCACCCCCAGAGCCAGCUAUACGUGUCCAUGUUAGCGGUAGAUGAGAUGUAUGAGGACCUGCCGCUGCUGGAGCGGGACCGGUACUGGGAUGCGGCUAAUCCACGAGCACCAUACACGGCUGCCACCGCCUUCCUGCUGCAGCAGCCACGCUUCCAGGGCUCUACCUUUGACAUCACACUGGCCAAGGAGGAGAUGCAGUUCCAGCCUUUGGAGGAGAUCGAGGAGGGGCUGGAGCCACGUACCCGGGGCUCCUCGUCCCCCCCACCCUGGCUCCUGGGUCCUAGCAGCUUUGCGAGUCACCUCCCCCUGCUCCCCCGGAAGAACAGCAGUGCCUCUGAGGCCUCAGGCGCCUAUGGCUGCCUGUGUCCAGGAGCAUCCUGCGGCUGCCAGGCCUCCAAAACGCCCCUGGGCUGGGAUGAGGAAGCAGUGGCUGGUGGGGGAGCCACAUCGGAGCCCUGCAGCAGCACCCAGCCCCUCCUGGACACUGUGGUGCCCCUGUCCCCUGUGAACUCCCCACAACCACCCGUACCCCACUGGCUGCAGGGUUCCCUCGAAGAGGAGAAGAGGGCAUGAGCUGGCCCCAGGCUCCCUGCAAUGCCCCAAUGGCACCCAUUACACCCAGCUGCCACUGCACCCCACCCUAGAGGCAGCUGCAUCUUGGGGUCUGUUAUACCCAGCAGUCGGCAUGUCUCAUCCCAGAGACAGCUAUAUCUUGGGGUCCCUGCUAUUCCCAGUCACCAACCAGCUCCCAUCCCAGAGGCUGCCACAGCUCUGUGCCCAUUACACCCAGCCAUUGGUGUGGUCUACCCGAGAGGCAGCUGCAUCAUGGGCUACCCAUUAUACCCAGCCACCAGCAUGCCUCAGCUUGGAGACAGCUGCAACUCCAGGUCCAUUACCCACAGCCCCACUUCAGGGGGCAUACACACAGCUGCCACAUGCCCCCCAGCCCCCAUUCCUAUUUAACCCAUUCUGGGCCAGGGCUACACUGGCCACAACCGUGCCUGGCAAGGGGCAGGGGAGAUAUGGGGGGCAGAGAUGGGAGCCAGCCCCUACCCGCAUGCUGAGGGCAUCCCCUUUCUUCCCCUGCCGUUUUUCUGCCUUUAAACCAAACAGACCAAGUGCAAUACAGUGCAUUUCUGGGGGGGGCAGGGGGUAGUUCUUUUGGGGGCAUAAGGAGGCUAUGGGAGAUGGGGGCAACUGCCCUCAUGGGCUGCACUUACCCCCCCUGCGCCAUGAGCCAUCCUGAUCCCGCCAUCCUGCUCCAGGGACUGCAGCUGGUGGGGGAGAAGUUGGGGGGGGAAGAAUGCCCUGGGGUCAGGCCCCAUGCUCCAGCCACAGCCCCCUCUCUGCUGUCUGCUAGGCCUAAGGCCCAGCCAGCAGAGCAAGAGCGCACAGCUAGGUCCAGUUAACCAGCUCCAGUAAGCAGGGGCUGGGGCAGCUCCAGCUGGGGCGGGGGGGUGUGUGUGCUAAGGAAAGGGCUAGCAGUGCCUCUUCCUGCCCCCCACCAGGCAGGGGGGGCCAUGCUCAGAGCAGCCCCUAGAGACAGGGUGGGCUCUUGGGAGCAUCCACAAGCUAAAGGCUGAGGGAAGUUUCACUACAGCCCACCAGUGCUCAGAUCCCCCUACCCUUGCAUGACCCCAUGGGAAGGAGGGGCUGCCCCCUCCCCUUCCAGGGAGAUUCUGUAAGAGCAACUGGCUUCAGACCAGGAGGUCUGUAAGAAAGGGGAAAUCAACUGGGAACUACUGGUUUGGUGAGGAGGAACACCCUUCCCCAAGCCCCAGAGAUAUAACUGAGGCCCAAGAGAGUCAAAUCCAGUGUCUUUAUUGUAGUACAGGCCCCAUGGGGAGGGGGGAGGGGGCACAAAACAGCUUUAAAAACAGCAGCUAAGACCCAGAGCUUAGUAGGGUGGGGCAUCAGGGGUCCAGACAUGGCUAAGUGCCCCCUUCCCCACACAAAACUAGGGCAGAACCAGGACAUCCAGAGAUCCGGGGGGGGGGGGGGGGGGGGGGGGGGGC